GGAUUUAAAAAAAAGAAAAAGAAAAGAAGGAGAAAGAGUGGAGUGAAGUGUGGAGAGGUCGCAGUUUCCUUCAUACAGGGGUAAAGAUGCAGACACCAGCUGAGUCCAUCCUCCACAGUGGAUAUUUCCACCCGACGCUGCGGUCCUGGCAGACCUGUGCCGCCGAUCUGAGACCUGACAAUCUCAUCUACCCGAUCUUUAUCACAGACAGUGAGGACGCGGUGGAGCCCAUCGGCAGCCUGCCAGGACAGGCCAGAUAUGGAGUGAACAAGCUGGAGGAGAUGCUGCAGCCUCUGGUGGCCAACGGCCUGAAAUGUGUCCUGAUCUUUGGAGUUCCAGCGAAAAUAGCUAAGGACGACAGAGGUUCAGGUGCAGACAGUGACGAUACUCCGGCCGUGCUCGCCGUGAAGAAGAUCAGAUCUUCGUUCCCGGAGCUGCUGGUGGCCUGCGACGUCUGUCUGUGUCCGUACACGUCUCACGGUCACUGCGGCAUCCUGAAUGAAGACGGGACUCUGAACAACGACGCCAGCUGCCUGCGCUUGGCAGAGGUCGCAGUGUCGUACGCUCGUGCUGGCUGCCACAUCAUCGCUCCCUCUGACAUGAUGGACGGACGAGUCGGAGCCAUCAAACAAGCGCUCAUUUCUAAUGGUUUGGGAAACAAGGUGUCAGUGUUGAGCUACAGUGCAAAGUUUGCCUCCUGUUAUUAUGGACCUUUCAGAGAUGCUGCUCAGUCCAAGCCCGCGUUUGGGGACAGACGCUGCUAUCAGCUUCCUCCUGGAGCCCGAGGACUCGCCAUUCGAGCUGUGGAGCGAGAUGUGAGAGAAGGCGCUGAUAUGCUGAUGGUGAAACCAGGUCUGCCGUAUCUGGACAUCGUGAGAGAGGUCAAGGACAAGUUCCCCAAUCACCCGUUAGCCGUUUACAACGUGUCCGGAGAGUUCGCCAUGAUGUGGCACGGCGCUCAGGCCGGAGCGUUUGAACUGAGGGCGGCUGUGAUGGAGGCCAUGACCGCCUUCCGCAGGGCAGGCGCCGACAUCAUCAUCACCUACUACACACCUCAGCUGCUCGACUGGCUGAAGGCGUGAAGAGGGAGGAGCCAAAGAGGAACUGGACCAAUAAAACAACAACAAACAAACAAACAAACUUCGCUUAAGGAAGAAACGCAUGGAAACAAGAGUUUAGUCGACUCUGCAGUGAAUUUGGGGGGGGUUGUUUUUUUAGCUUGUGAAUGAGUGAAACGCUGAGAACGUAACUGAUUUUGUGUUAAACUGGGAUCAGACUUCAAACGAGGCCUUUGAUGAAUGUGAAUAUAAAACAUAUCUGUGUGUGAAUCUGAACACAAACAUGAUGUUUCCUCAGCUGAAGGAAAUAAAACAUCCUCUCAAACAA